AUGUCUGAGCGUAAGCCCUACAUCAACGACCCCAUUGGGGACGGUGAAGCUCACGUCACAACAACCAUGGACGAAAAGGACCAGAUUGCCCGCCACCAUGCCGAGGUGGACGCCGAGGUGCACCAGCUCGCCGAGAAGCGCGGCGACGGCGCCGACGGCCUGGCUCCCAUGGACGACAUUGAGCAGGUCAUCACCAAGAUUGAGGUCCUGGGCGUCGAGGAGUGCCGCCAGAUCCUGACGGACAUGCUCGAGUACCACAAGUACGACUACAACUUUAGCGAGACCACCCGCGUCCACUUCCAGAAGCUCAUCAACGGCCCUUCUGAUGGCCAGACCCCCGAGGAGUGGGAGACGGAGCUCAAGACGGAGACUGCCGUCAACAAGUUCUUUUCUCCGUACGCCGAGGUCCGCGCCAUCACUACCCCGACAGACGACGAGAAUAUGCCCUGCGAAACGCCUCGUGCCGUCUUCCUCGGUCUCUGCUGGGCCGUCAUCUCGCAGUUCACAAACUCUCUCUUCAACUCGCGCUACCCUCAAAUCACCCUCUCCUCCGCUGUCGCGCAAAUCCUGCUGUACCCCUGCGGCAUCGCCUUCCAAUACAUCCUUCCCGACUGGGGCUUCAACUGGGGCGGUUCGCGUGUCUCGCUGAACCCCGGUCCCUGGUCCUACAAGGAGCAGAUGCUGGCCACAAUUAUGAUCAAUGUCGGAUCUACUUCUGCCUACUGCUUCUGGAACAUUCAGACACAGACCGUCUACUAUGGCGACAAGUGGCUCACUCCCGCCUACAGCAUCCUGCUGCUCCUCGCCACCCAGAUGAUGGGUCUUGGUUUCUCUGGUCUGCUGCGUCGCUUUGUCAUUUAUCCUGUCGAGGCUAUUUGGCCUAGCGUCCUGCCCACCCUAGCUCUCAACCGCGCCCUGCUCGUUCCUGAGAAGCGUGAAACCCUCCAUGGCUGGUCCAUCUCACGAUACAAGUUCUUCUUUAUCGUAUUCUCCGCCAUGUUUGUGUACUACUGGAUUCCUGGCUAUCUGUUUCCUGCUCUGAGCACCUUUGCCUGGAUGACUUGGAUUGCUCCCCGCCACUUCAACCUCAACAUCAUCACUGGCUCCCAGGCCGGUUUGGGCUUCAACCCCAUUCCUACCUUUGAUUGGAACUAUAUGUCCGUUUACUCUCAGCCUCUGGUCUUUCCCUUCUUUGUCACUUUGCAGCAGUACAUCGGAACCAUCAUUGGUGGUCUCUGCAUUAUCGGUCUGUACUGGAGCAACGUCCAAUGGACGUCAUACCUACCCAUCAACAGUUCCGGCAUCUUUGACAACACGGGUGCGUCUUACAACAUUUCUCGCGUUGUCAUCCCUGGUACCGGUACCCUCAACCGGACCGCCUAUGAGGAGUACUCUCCUGCCUUCUACAGUGCCGGAAACCUGGUUUUGUAUGGGGCUUUCUUCGCCUUCUACCCUCUGACCUUUGUUUUCAUCUUCCUUGAUGCUUGGCGCCCUCUUUGGCGCGCCACCAAGUCGAUGUGCGCGUCUAUUGCCGAAGUCACUACUCGCUUCUUCAGCGGUGUCAGCAGGUCUCUCGGCUCUCUUGCGCGUGGUCGCCUCGGUGACAGCGGUCGCCACCUCUACAACAUCUCCCAGACCGAGACGUCCAUCUAUGACGGUUUCGACAACCCGCUGACGAACCUGGUCCGCAAGUACCCCGAGGUUCCCGACUGGUGGUUCUUGAUUAUUGCCCUGAUCUCUUUCAUCUUCUCCAUCAUCAUCCUGACCCAAUGGCCCCAGCUUGAUACCCCUGUCUGGACCAUUUUCUUCGUCAUUGGUCUCAACCUGGUUUUCCUUAUCCCCAUGUCCUACCUGUAUGCCAUAUCUGGUACCACUGAAGGGUUGAAUGUCGUCACUGAGCUCAUUGUUGGGUACGCCCUUCCUGGCCACCCUGAAGCCCUCAUGUUCGUCAAGGCGUUCGGUUACAACAUCAACGGUCAAGCCGACAACUACAUCUCCGACCAGAAGAUGGGUUUCUACGCCAAGCUGCCUCCUCGUGCGAUGUACCGCGGUCAAGUCCUCAGCGCUUUUGUCUGCAGUUUCAUUGCGUAUGCUGUCGUCCAGUUCGCUGAUACCCAGAUUCCUCACAUUUGCGACCCUAAGCAGGAGUCCAAGUUCAAUUGCGCCAACGGCUCGCGGGUUUACUUCUCUGCGUCAGUGGUGUGGGGUGCUAUUGGCCCUGCUCGCAUUUUCUCGCAGAUCUAUCCUACUCUCAAAUACUGCUUCCUGCUCGGCUUCCUACUGGCGGUUUUCUGGUGGACUGGCAAGCGCUUUGGUACCCAUGUCCGCAACGCCGCCAAGAACGCCCUGCCCGGUGCCAUCUACACCCCCCUUAACCUGGUCGUCUUCAAGCCUCUGUCUCUGCUCAAGAACAUCCAUCCUUCGUUGAUCAUGAACGGAUUCCUCUUCUGGGCCCCCAACAACCUGUCGUUCUUUACCGGUGGCUUGUACAUUUCGGCUGCUUUCAUGUACUACCUCAGACGUUACAAGACUGCUUGGUGGGAGAAGUACAACUACCUGUUGUCUGCAGGUAUGACUGGUGCCGUUGCUUUCUGCGGCAUCAUUAUCUUCUUUGCUGUACAGUACCACCCCGUGGAGCUUAGCUGGUGGGGAGUCAACAUUGUCGGCAACACCAUUGAUGGAGGUGGUCUUGAGGACGCGCAGUCGUCUCUCCUUUCGAUAGGGAAUGGUACUUUUGGCCCGGCGACGUGGCACUAA